AUGGAUCGCUCGCGUCCACGCUCGCUCGAAUUGCAGCUGGACAACGUCGAGAUGACGCCGCGGGAGUUGCCGGACUCCGUCGCGCCUGAUCUGGACUCCGUCGUUGAGGUGCCGGACUCCGUCGCGCUGGACAACAUCGAGAUGACGCCGCAGGAGUUGCCGGACCCUGUCGCGCCUGAUCUGGACUCCGUCGUUGAGGUGCCGGACUCCGUCGCGCUGGACAACGUGGAGCCGUUGGACUCCGUCAAGGAGGUGCCGGACUCCGUCGAGGAGGUACAGUAUCCUCGCUGCGUCACGUUCCACGCUGGCGGCGUCUUCGGAGAAGCCUGCUUCCAAGCUCGCCGCAACGCUCGCAGGUGUGCCCGUUGUGGCCUUUUGCAUGAAGACUACGAUGUGCCAGCAAGGUUCCUCUAUGGCGUGGACAAGUUUGAUUGUGAGUUCUUCAUUCCUGAUGUGGAAAAACUAGAAAUGCAUGCUAACACCAUCAUUCUGCCCGAGGAAAUUGUAAAGAAGUUGGAGGAGCACGAUGAGAGGACGAAGCAAACAAAGAUCAGUCCCCAGGCCAACAAAGAAGAUGAAGCAAAGCAAGAUCAGUAA